AACAUAAAGGGCGUAACAAAUAGUCGGAGUGUUUCUCAUCACAGGCCGACCUGUUCUACCAUUGAUGUCGAAUCCUAUUCAUUGUCGAGCGGUCGCAGCGAAUACUUUAACGCAACGGUUCCCUCAUUUGUAGAUAACUCGAGCUGUUCUUCCGGUUCGAUGGAGUGUCCACUCUGUCUGUUAGAGCAGCCCUUCUCCAACUUCCCAGAGCUGUGCACAUGUACUCAUAGGGCGUGUCAUCACUGUCUGCAACAGUAUCUGAAGAUCGAGAUUCUUGAGUCCCGAAUAAACAUCAAUUGUCCGGAAUGUUCGGAACCGUUACAUCCAAACGAUAUUCAAAGAAUACUUAAUUUCGAUCCAAACCUAAUGGAUAAAUACGAGACAUUUAUGUUGCGAAGAAUUCUGGUCACCGAACCGGACGCUCGAUGGUGUCCGGCGCCCGACUGUAGCUAUUGUGUGAUCGCCAGCGGAUGCGCCAGUUGUCCGCGUCUGAAGUGCGAACGGCCCGGUUGUGAGACAUCCUUCUGCUAUCACUGCAAACAGGAAUGGCAUCCGAACCAGACGUGCGACGCCGCCAGAGCUCAACGCGGCCUCCGAUACGCCGGCAUUGGCGGCGGUAAGGGUUCGUCCGUAUCGUUCAGUCACGACUCGAUCGUCCAGAGGGACGACAUCAAGCCGUGUCCGUGUUGUAAAGUAUUGAUCAUUAAGAUGGACGACGGCUCAUGCAAUCACAUGACGUGUUCCGUAUGCGGCACCGAAUUCUGUUGGCUUUGUAUGAAAGAGAUAUCGGAUUUGCAUUACUUGUCGCCCUCUGGCUGUACCUUUUGGGGCAAAAAGCCCUGGAGUCGCAAGAAGAAGAUCAUGUGGCAGUUGGGUAUGUUAGUGGGCGCGCCCGUCGGCAUAGCCCUCAUCGCCGGCAUAGCGGUGCCCGCCAUCAUCAUCGGUAUACCCGUAUGGGUCGGCCGUAAACUUCACGCCCGCUUCGAGAGGCACCAAAUGAGUCGCCACAAGAGAAACAUUUUGGUGACGACCGGUGUCUUGACGUCGAUCUUUGUGUCGCCAAUACUGGCGGCGGUCGCCGUCGGUAUCGGCGUUCCCAUACUGUUGGCGUACGUCUACGGAGUGGUUCCCAUAUCGCUGUGCCGUUCCGGUGGCUGCGGUGUCAUCACCUCUGCCUCUGGCGUACGGAUCGAGUUGGACGAAGAGAACGAGAUCGGCAUCGGUUCUAAUGUGGCCGCCGAUGGAGUCAGUGUUGACACUGCGCUCAGCAAUCGUGGCGUAAAUCCCAGUAUAGGCGAAGUGUCGUUAGGCCUGUCGGCCAGCUUAUCGAUGGGCAGCGGAAGUCAUUUAGAGCGGGCGGGUGUCGAUCGGGAGAACUCGUCGACCGCCGCCUGUGCCGGCAGUAUCGCCAGCGGAACCCUAUCGACGGCCGCAUUCAAUAAAGUGGAAAUACAGGCCGACGUGUCGUCAAACAAGCGCUUUAGUCUCAGCAGUCACUGCGAGACCACAUCCGCGACCCUUAGUUUCGGUGAACGAUCGACAAACAUAUCAUUUAUGGACGACGCGAGUGUCAAAGCGUUGGCCGGUUCUAUCAUCGGCUACAAAGAGGCAGUGAUUGGCGGCAGCUGUUCGUCCAACUCUGUCACACCCGUUGAGGUACAUAUCGAUGCCAUCGACUCUUCAUUUCUGCCAAAUAACGCAGAAAAUGAGUUCAAUUCGUAUUGUGUUUCACCGGAACAGCAGUCGACCGGCAGUCGGCUCAGCGCCGAGAAUCAAUAUCCCAUUUGUCCGCCACUAGACUAUAUCGACGAUAUGACCAGUCCUUUAGAGCACAACAUCAGUGACAAUGUGUUUGCGACCACUCGUUCGGCGAACAGCGCCUACACUUCGCAGACCAAACACUUGAUUGGAAAGUUUGAGUCGAAAUCAUUGGAACAAUUGACGAAUUACUGUGAGUUAUGCCAUAAGAGCCAUAAGCCCUGUUGUCCCAACUAUGCCUCGCAAACACAUCAGCCCUCAAACAAAACGGCCAGCGCUCAGUCGGCCCCUCCUCGCAGACAACAGUCGCGUUCGGUGGACACCGCCGACGACAGCCAACAGCGGCGACCGAACGCCAAGUCUAGCCAAUCGAACAAACGGCGGACGUCGAGCACAAAGUCGAGACACUCGUCGAGUGCGGCCUCUAAUGAAUAUCACCACAAAGAGCUGACCCGUCGGGUCCACAGCUCUGAUUGCAAUAUAACGGACAGUCGUGUGACGUGCGAGACGUCUCCGAAGCAGACAUUUUCGUUGACAUUUAACUCGACGCCGACGUCGACAGUGACCGUCAACGAGAUGUGUUCGCCGGACGGCAAUACAGCCCACAACCACUCGUUGACUACCACUCGAGCUUAUAAUAGGAAUUCAUUCACUAAAUACUUUAUGCAACAAAAGAAACCGAUUCAACAAAUGCCCACUAAUUCCUCAUCCGAUCAUAAGUCUAAAUAUACAACAAUUUGUCCGAACAAUGAAACCACUGAUCAUUUAAACAAAAACUUUACCAUUAAAUCGAGCGAAUUGUGUCCGCAAAACUCACAACCGAUGGCUCGGAAGCGCAUUAAGAAGGAACCGAUGGACGCGACCGACACCGCGAACGCCACUCCGGCCGACACAACCACUCCAUCCAAAGGCAGACCCAAGAAGAAGGCGCCGCCGAAGAAGGCAUCGACCGCUGUGUCGACCGCCGAGAAGACAUCGAAAUUCAAAUGCAGUCAAUGUUUGAGUGGUUUUGCGGCCGAAGAAGACAUUAAUGAACACAUCUUUCGACAACAUUACGGACUCGCCCGAAUCAAUGACGACACGAAGACUCCGUUCACCGAAAAAGAGAUUAUUAAGGCUCUAAUCAAAGCCCAGAAAGUGAUGAAAACUUUGAAGUGUCAUAACGUCGGCUGCGAUAAGACAUUUAAAUCGGGUCUCGGAUUGAAAAUGCAUUGGGAAUUAUGCGGCAAAAGUGAAGAAGAAUUGAAUACAAAUUGCGAGAUCUGUGGUAAGGGUCUGAAGAUAUCGUCGGUUCCGUAUCACAUGAGAAUGUCUCACAGCAACAAACAUACGGCAGACGAACCGACCGAAGACAUGGACACUGUUGAUGAAGAACCAGAUGAACCUCACAGUAGAUCGAGAAAGAGAUUAUCGGCCAUUAAAGCCUCAAAAACAAUUAAAAAGAGCACAAAAGGAGAACUAAUCAUUAGUGGAAGCAUUACUGACAAUGAAAACGAUGACAAUUCUGGUUCGGAAACUGAAGUGGAAGAAGAAGUGGACGCAGAACCAGAUCCAGAGGAGAGGGCAUUGAUUAAGGAACUGAAGAAGUCUAAAAAUACAACGGAUGUGACAAACAAUAGCACUCAUCACUCAUCGGAACACAAUUUGAAACAAUUGCUCAAUAUUUGGGCUGAAUUUGUCAUUUCGAUCAAAGAGUUUCUGCGAGAAAUCCCAAGAGAUAACAAUUGGCACAACGAAGUCGUUGUCAACGGCAGAGUUGUCUGUCCUCUUGAAGAAUUGGUUCCAGAGUUGCCAUUAGAUCUGUUGGAGUUUGUGUCAAGUCUUACACUCUCUAAUAUAAGCGCCAAUACUAAUGGACAGAAACAAGAUGUCAAACGAAUUGAGACCGGAAAUUGUGCGCUUGAAUUUCAUCAACGAUUCUACAAACGAAAAGCGUUUCCAAAGUUAGUCCCAACUCUUCAGUCUUGGAUUCCAUUGACCGAAGAUGAAUUGAGUGCCUAUAUGUCAAACCCGGAACCGUCUCCUUAUUUUAAAUGCACGCUCAGCGCAGACACGUCUUGGAAGCGAUUGAAUCUAUUUGAGUCAUUCUCAUCGGAACAACACAUCACAUUCUUCGUGGGCGGACCCGUCUGGUCGAGCGCCUGGUGUCCCGUCUCACACAAAACCCACUCAAAUGAUCAGUAUUUGGCGAUCGCGUCGAACAUGAAUUGGGAGACAACACAUACACUGAACGAUACAGAGAUCGAGAGCGGACUCAUUCAGAUCUGGAAUGUCGGACAACUGGACAAAGUGUUUGACAAAUCAAUUGCUCCCCGACUGGCCUUCAGUAUCGCUCACUGUUGCGGAAUAGUUUGGGAUAUGGAGUGGUGUCCGGGCGGUACUGCUUUUGAUGAUAUACUAAGCCGAAAAACUCACAAACAAUGGCAGCAAACCCUGAUAACCGGUAGCGCACGCCGCUACCGAAACACGCGUAGGUAUCACACGUAUAAUAACCCGCCCGGAGUCGGAAACUCAGUCAACUGUGAGAACACAAUCUGUAAAUGUAUUUCAUGGAUCAAAUCCAACGAACAACACUUAAUGGUCGCCGGAUAUGGCAGUGGAGUGAUUGCCGUCUGGGAUCUGACCACUACAUCGUCUCUAUUGAUAGUCGAGCAAAAUGCCAGUCAAACGAUAUUACGGCCACUAAACUCGUGGAUGGCUCACAGCGCGGCCGUCAAUGGCAUCAAAUGGUGCGACACUUCCAGCGAUCAGUUUCUUGUGUCGUGUAGUUUCGACCGAUCGGCCAAACUCUGGAAUCUCAAAGAUUUGAGUAUUGAAUACGAAAUAGAGGUAGUGUUGGCAGUUCUCUCCAGACAACUGGCGUUAGCUAUUGCCAUUAGUCUGACCACUCAUAAGAGCUGUGUUUGGGAUAUGUCAAUAUCCGAGUGGACGUCCGCAGUGGCCAGUGUUGACGCCGCCGGCGAAGCCGUUGUAUUCCCUAACUUUCAAUUGAAAGCCGAUCCCAAAAGGAAACCCUUUGACAGACUUCCACUCUUUCAUAUAUCGGUUCAAUCAUUGGAUGAAACGACCGACAAAUCAUUAAAAGGAGUGAAAAAUAAGAAAUUGACUGUUCCCAUCACAACCGUCAAGAGAGGUCUGUUGACCGCAAUCGAUACACACAUGCGAUGGAACGGAAUUGCCAUUAGUCUGACCACUCAUAAGAGCUGUGUUUGGGAUAUGUCAAUAUCCGAGUGGACGUCUGCAGUGGCCAGUGUUGACGCCGCCGGCGAAGCGGUUGUAUUCCCUAACUUUCAAUUGAAAGCCGAUCCCAAAAGGAAACCCUUUGACAGACUUCCACUCUUUCAUAUAUCGGUUCAAUCAUUGGAUGAAACGACCGACAAAUCAUUAAAAGGAGUGAAAAAUAAGAAAUUGAAGCAAAAGGACAACAAUAAGCUGGUAAUCGAUGACAAAGAGCCGCCCCUCCGAUCGUACGCCGAGUUUUCCAGUAAAUAUGGAUUAGUGUUCAAUGAUUACGAUUUGGCAAACAUGAAGGCCAUACCCAUUGACGAAAUAAAUCGGAUCCGUUUGCCAAUACAUAUGCAAUACCAGCGACUCAGCGAUUAUCCUCUCCUAUCAAUCAAUAGAGUCUGCUGGAAUCCAAACCACGGGUCGUACGUAUGGCUUAUGACGGCUACACAGUCUGGUCUCUGUCGGCUCUCUUGUGUCUCAUUCCUGAACCCAACCCUAACCGCCAAUUCCUGAGCCCUUCGGUCACCAACUGUUGCCCAACUAAACGCAUUCACUAUCGCUAAUAGACUAUUAGUUUUUUUUUGUUGUUUUAUAUAAAUAUUUAUUAUGUAUUUAUUUAAUAACUUUUAAAAGAUCUCC